CACUCUUAAAAUUCACUUAAAAUCACCACCAGGGUCUCAGAGCAUCAAGCUGUGCACAUUACCCUGCUUGCUCCGCCACUGUGAUGUUGGACCCCCCCCAUCCAGGAUGCUACUGUUAUACUGGGGUCCCAUUGAGCCCACCCAUUCCAUCAGCCUGGGCUUUCUCACUCUCUCCUUGCUGUGCCAGGUCCUCAAGCCUUCUCUAGCACACACACAGGAGUAGUAUAUGGCUCGAUAGCAUUCAUCACCAUGCAUUUUUGACAGGUUUCCACGCCCCCUUUGGGACUUAUUUUCCGCCCUCCAACCCUGUUUCCGUUGGUGCCGAAGUUUGGCGCCAUUGGCCAUUUUGAAAAAAAAAUGUUCUUGUAUUUGAAUGGGGGAGUAUUGUGUGUGUUUGUGCUUGGAUACAUUUAGAGAAAAAGGUCGAAAGACUAGAGUGAGAGAGUUUAAGAUGAUAAAAGAAAGUCUGGGUAAGGUUUAGAGGAAAAAAAGGAAAGAAAGGUUAUUUGGGGAGGUAGAGAAAGGAGAGAGGAUUGUAAAGAGAGAAAAAAAUAAAGCAGUAAGAGAGUCUGUGUUACUGAACACAUGCAGAGUGAAACAUCCUACCCCAGCGACUGGUGGUAGUGAAAUGAUAGCUGUUCUGGGUGGUGCUCCUGGGGAGCUAGUCCCUCCUUUCAGUGGAUCAAUCUGUAGCUAUUUUACAGCUAGGUCACAGAAUGCACUUGUUGAACCUAUUCUGUAGUCCCAAAAUUUUAAACCAGAGCCUUUUAGAAAUGGACUAGUGCGGGGCGGGUUAUUUGAAAAACUCUAACCAAUGAGCAUUUGGCCAUGUGUAUAAAGCCACAUAUUUUGGGAGCAGGGCUUUAAAACUGGGAGCCUAGACACAAAGACAUGUCCAUGUACAAGACACCUACAGAAGCCAAGAAGCCAGAAUUGCCCCUGGGUGCACCAGUUCGUGUUCAGAAGAGAAGACCCUUUUACGCUUAUUUUGCUAAUGAGGCGGGACCAUUACUGAACCCCGUAUUUCAUCCUGAAAUUGAACCUAAGAAACAGGAAGACUUUAUGGAGCCACAACCAUUUGUAAAAGAAAAAAAGGAUAAAGUGCGAAAAAAUUUGUUGUCGGCUUUGGAGGAAGCCGACUCGAAGGCAGAGGUAGGAAUGGAAGAAGAACCUGUAUACGAGGACAUGGCAACUGAGGGACCGUUGGAGGAUAGUGAUGUCGAAAACCAACCGAUAAACCCCAAAUCAUGGAAAGACGGCGACGUUGUUACUGGCAAAGCAACAGAAGUGCAUGAUGAGAUUGCUGAAACGAUGACCGACGGAGCCCCCGCCUGUGGUGAUUCAGAAACAAACGACACAGCCUGGGGGUGCAGCGAGUGGUUGUCAAAUGUAGACCCAAAAGAACAUGAUGAGGAAGGUGCCAUGGGUCCGACGAUGCGUCUGCCGGGGAUGAUGAUUCAGAAUCAGACGAGGACAUCUUCAGAGGAUGAAGAGGAUAAAGAGAGGUGGCCCUUGAGAAGAAUAACCAUGAUAUGCACCUGUUGUUUUUGCAUGAAGCAAGAUUGUAAAAAAAAGUCUGUAAAAAGUAAGGAGGGUGACCAGCAGAGCUGCGAAGAUGAUGUUAUGGCCGAUAUUAUUAGGGCCGUUGUAGUAAAAACCAUUUACCACUGCUUGCAAAAACAACUUCUGGAAAACUGUGCAGCCUGCGUGGUAGGCGAGCCCAACUCAUUUAGUCACCCUUGUAUCUUUUGGGGUCGCUCAGAAGUAUUUCACCAGAUUAGACAUAUUUCUUCCAAACUGAAUGUGACCCAGCUUCUAAAUGUAAUUAUAGCUGAAGGCUACGAACUGAAAAAGCUUAACAUGACCACUGAAACUGUAACUGAAGUUGUUAAAAUGAUCAGGGAGGUUGCAGAGACAUCUGACCCGGUGGUCUUGCUGGUAGACCUGUCAAACGAGGUGGCAGCCAAAAUUGGCCGAUCAGUGUGUAGCAGGAUUCGUAAAAUGGAUUGUAAAACUUUUUACAUGCCAGCUCCUCACCCUAAAGGUUAAAAAAAAAUAGUGAUUAAGAUGUAUUGUAAAAUUAAAAAAAAGUUUGUAUAACCAUUUUCUAUAUUACUUUCCUUAUGCAUUAAAUAAAUGUGUAUAGUCGUACCGUAUAUUACUUUGCUGCUGCAUUAAAAGCUUGUCUUUUUUUUUAAAGUAAAAUGUGUAUAGCCUCUUCUGUAUUAAAUAAAAACAAAAGCAA